AUGAUGAGAUUCGUGACUACUAUGACAGUUUUUGUAACUUGCCUUCUAAUUGGCACAGUGCAGGUAGUCAGCGGUACGCGGACUGGUCACAAGCUGUUGGUUGUCUUGUUUGAUGGUCUUCGCUUUGAUUUGCUUGGAGAACAUCUGAAAAGUUUUGAGAUGUUAGCACAGAAUGGCGUGCGAAGUGUUUUCACCACGCCUCCGUUUCCAACAAUGUCGUCGCCAAGUAUGUACACCAUAGCGACAGGUCUGUAUGUUGAAAACCAUGGCGUAGUUCACAACAGUUACUAUAAUGCAACGAGUGGAGAAGUGUAUGGAUAUUACAAGACACUCAACAUCACCGAAUGGUGGGACACCGGCGCUGAGCCUGUGUGGGUGACUGGUAAGCUGCAGGGACUGACGGCUGGUAGCUACGCUUACCCCGGAGGCUCCGUGCCGAUCAAAGGAGUCAUCAGCGACAAAGUAGUAUAUAGUACGCCGAGAACAAAUUACAGACCUUUGGAGAAAAAAAUCGACGACAUAAUAAGGUGGUUAAGUGACGACGAUAUCGAUAUUGUAUUCAUGUGGCACGGACUACUUGAUGAUUUGCUACACGUUACAGGAAAAUCCUUUCUCACGGACGUGGCUUUGAAUCAAAUUGACGAUGGGGAUGACCUCGAUUUUUAUCUGGGAAGUGAUGGCGCUUUCACCAUGAUUCUGCCAAAAGAAGGAAAACUUGAGCAGAUAUAUGAGCAGUUAUCGGAUGCGCACCCACAUAUGCAUGUUUAUAAGAAAGCGGAAGUUCCAAAACAUUUACAUUUUUCUGAACAUGAACGAAUAUUACCAUUGGUUGUUAUUGUAGAUCCACCAUAUACUAUACUAACGAUGAACAUCAGUCUCAUGAAAACUCAGCACGGCUAUGACUACAGAAACUGGGAAAUGUGGAGCCCACUGUAUGCAAUUGGACCACGAUUCAAGACGGGAUACACAACACAGCCUUUUGAAUCAAUUCAUCUUUACCCGCUGAUGUGUGAAUUACUCGGUUUACAACCCGCACCCAAUAAUGGAUCACUGCACAUUACUAUGGAUAUGUUGAAAGAUAUAACUACUAGCACGUCCGCCAUGUUAUCAAGAGCUACUCAUAUAGGUUGUGUAAUGGCAAUGGUGCUAAGUGAGAGGGCGCUGUAUCGUAGAUGUGUCAUAAAGAAAAUUCUUUCACAACAUGAUGGAGCGCAUAGCGACACUGGAGUAUUCAAAGUGUCAGCCAUGCGUACAUUGACUAAUAUGUAUCUAUCGAACCAAGCCAUCGUAGACUGUAUGUUUCUAAGCUUAUACUAUAUAGUGCAAGUCGGUGAACCGUUGUCAACAGAUAUCGUACACGAUAAAAGUUUCCUAGGUCCGGUUGGAUGUUUUAUUGUAAAUAUAUCGCUCGAUAUUUGUCUUUUCGUCUCCGAGUUUAAUAUUGUUUUAGUGACUUUCGAACGAUACAUGGCAAUUUGUAAACCAUUCAAAGCGGAUAGAAUCAGUUCUAAGACUCGUACACUCAAACUAAUUGUACUCACAUGGAUUAUGGGUAUUGUGUUCUCUGCUCCGAUAUUCGAAUUUUAUACUACGUGGUACACUACCUGUAUUAUAUGGCCGCUGAGUAACGAGACAAUUUCCCUGCAGAUGUCGUAUUCCAAUUGUUUCUCCGGAGUGUGGUCACCACUUGAUGGCAUACUACACAGUUUGACGCCGAUAAUUGCAUUUGUUUUAGUGAUUACAAUCAUUAUUGUGCUUAAUGCAUUAACUACACGAGAGUUACAGAGAGGUGUGCGGAAAUAUUCAGUCAGCGCCCACGAUUUGAAACAGAGGCUUCAUCAGCAACGGCAGAUAGUGGUUAUGUUAGCGGUGACGGCGGGUGUGUUAUUCGUUUGCCUAUUGCCGUAUCAUUUAGAUCUGAUCAUCGGCUACUUAUACAACACAACACAUCCUAACAGUGUAAUCAUCAUGCCCCAGGCAUGGAAUGAAUUGGUUCGGUGGCUGCCGAUGGUGAAUUCCUCCGUGAACCCUAUUAUAUACGGUAUAUUGAAUAAACAAUAUAGAAUAGCAUUUAUCACCACUCUCGGCUGUUACGACAAUUGUCACGACACGGACAAUCACCAAGAAUAUAUGAUGACGUCUUUGACUACUACGAACACUACAAAAGAUUCAAGCAUAACUGAAACCACAUAUAAUUUGAAUGUAAACCCUCAACUCCAUUCGCCUAUAAAAUACGCUUGA